AUGGCGCCCGUCGCUCGCCGUGUGCCUCCUGCUGCAGCCGCUGUGCUCGUCCUAGCGCUGGCCGCUGCCGGCGUCGCCGGGCACGCCACCGAGAAGACGAAGCGGCAGAUCUUCCGGGAGCAGGUGCUGCCCCACACCGGCGGCAAGAUUCCGUCGGGGGCGUUCCGGGCUGACCGGCUGGUGCUCAACAGGCUCAACAAGGAGGGCAUCGCCGUGCCAGACGGCAUCUUGCUGGACGCCCGCAAGCGCCAUAAGGACCCCUCCCAGCGCGGAGGCUCCGACCUGGAGGCCGCCGUCGUGAAGGUGACGCUGACGGACGACGGACGAUACACGGCGCCGGAGGGCCGGCUGCACGCCACGCACCCGGAGACCGUAGACUCGACGUACAUCAUCCGGCCGCCGUUCAAGGGCUUCGGCCGCCAGCACGGGCUGUGCAGCCGCCGCCGCCGCCGCCUCAAACGCUCUACGGCCGACCGGUAA